AUGAGCACAAUCGCCUCUGGGAGUACUGACGAUGACUUCAUCGUGAGACGUGACAAGGCCAGCAAUCAAAGUGUGUCGUUGUCUACUGCUGGUAUUAGAGCUGUGCUCUACCAGCUCCAGGCACUAUAUAUGAGAACGCCAAUAAAACUCUUCCGCCCCUCCCGCUUUGACUACAUGGUCUACGUGAGAGAGUUGGCCAAUAAACACGAUAAUAUCAACUCCAAACCAUACAGAUUUAGCACUCACUCGACCUUAGGCAUGCUUCACAAUGUCAUCAAGAAAGAAGGCUGGAAGUUCAUUCCAGACCAAGUUCUACCGCCCUUUAUUGCAAACUCUGCCACCGGUAUUAUUCUUUACGGUUCCUACUUGACAGCCCUCGACUAUUAUGACAAGAAUCGACCGAUCCUGUCCAAUUCGAAAAGACAGGAUUAUUAUUAUCCCCCUUCAGAUACUUGGAGAGCUGGGUUCUUCGCUGGAGCCAUGCAAUCCCUAGCCGCAGCCCCUGUUGAUGCUAUCUUCACAAGGCUGUCUAUGGCAGAGGUGAUGAGCGGCAAGCACCAGAACCUUUGGGUGUUCGGAUGGGAGAAGCUCAAAGAGAUCGGCUUUGUCGGUGUAUUUGCGGGCUACGGUUUUCUGUUGAUCAAAGAGAGCAUAGGCUUUGCGUUUUAUUUUUCUACGUUCGAGCUCGUGAAAACAAGAGGCUACAGUCUAACUUAUAGGGUCAUUUCGUCGUAUCGCAGGUUGAGAAGGUCCUUGAGUGAGAAGUUUUCUUUCUUUGGGUCCUCAAAAAACCAAGAGACUGACGCCAACUUGCUUAGAUUAGAACAAACCAGGCUGACGAAGAUCCUCAAAUCAUCCUUUAUUCUUAUAGCAGGUGCUUCUGCCGCAUUUUCGCUUCUAGCAGUCCAAUACCCUAUCACAAAGGUACAAAAGAUACAUUUGUCUCGUCUCGAAGCGCUAGAUGUAUACUCCGCAUCUUUACACGUACGACAACGUCGCUUCUUUAAGAUAUACUACAAUUCAUAUGUUGACACUUUUCAACAUUGUCUUGCAAUAAAGAAGAAAAGUAAACAAACAUGGUUCCGACUAGCAUACAAAGGGUUCGCUAGAAAUGCUUUAACGACCAUCCCAGCUACUUCCGUUGGAUUACUUGUAUUUGAAAUCAUGCGAACUCGUUUGUCUGAUAACCUCGAGGAGCUAAAUGAGCGGUUCUAA